AUGCAAAAGUUGACUUCGGCGCUUCUGCUUCUCAUUGUCGCUGUUGGAGCACGAGCUGGAGCCAUCCCGCACUACGGUAACGACCAUCAGGAUGAGAAAUAUGACUCCAAAUACGAGUCCGGGAGCCACCACGAGGAGGGCGCAUACAAGUACGGCGGCUCGGGCAACUACGUGAAGGGCACGUCCUACGGCAAAACAUGGGGCUCCGACUACAGCGACAAGAAGGAGUACACGCCUACCUACUAUGGAUACGGCCAGCAAGAGUACGAUGGCCACGACAGCCACUACUACACCCCUCAGCACUACGACUCCCACCAGCAGCACCACGAUCAGCAUGAGUACUCCCCCUACCAAUCCUACUACGGCUCCUCCCACUACACCCCGUCUCACUACCAGGGCUACAAUCAACACUACGGCUACGGCUAUGAACAGCCCAAGUAUGACAAAUACGAAUACGGGCACUACGAGCCGCACCACGAGGAGCAGCAGCACUACUACGGAUACGGACACCAU